AUGUCCCACCUCGAUUCUUGGGAAGAUGACCCCGCUGCUCAGGAUGAACAUUUGGCAAGACAAGCCCAGCAGAACUUAAACCUCAAUCCGCAAACGUCUACCUUUCGUCCAGGUGCUGCUUCUUUUCAGCCAGGCCAACCAUAUCAGAGCCGCGGCGCAUCUCCACAAUACGGGACAUAUCAGCCGCAACAAGCUUAUAGCCAGUAUAAUCAAAUUUAUAACCAACAGGGAGGUUAUGGUCAAUAUUAUGCACAACAAUAUGGUGAUUAUAACACGAUGCCACAGCAGAAACAGUGGCGACCGCAAAACACUGCCCAGCCUCCAAAACCAGCUCCUGUUGCGGCAGACCCGCCUGUAGCUGCGAAGCCAUCAGAGAGCCCUGAUUCUAACACGCCUGCUGCCCCUGCUCCCAAAACGAAGAUUUUAUCUAUCGGGGCUGACGUGCCUAAGCCCAAGGCCCCCUCCUCUACGACCCCCGCACCUACACCAAAGGCCGCGCCUGGACCAGACGGUGGCCCUGAAGCGGCAUCGAAAGUUACGGCUGCCAAGGCCAUCGAAAAGACCGAGAAGAAGUCUGCGGGUUCUGGAAAGACGUCCCCUGCUCCCUCUUCAGGCCGGUCGUCACCCAGCAGAGCCGAGGCCAAGGCUCCUAUUCGCGAUGCAGAUGCUGUUUCUAGAGAGCAAGCUGCUGACGUUGAUGAGGCCACCUUAAGAGAGAUUUAUGGCGAGAAACGUGAGCAUGUGAAUUUGAUUUUCAUCGGCCAUGUCGAUGCAGGUAAAUCAACUCUUGGUGGAAGUAUUCUAUACGCCACCGGUAUGGUCGAUGAGCGAACAAUGGAAAAGUAUAAGAAGGAAGCAAAAGAUGCUGGUCGAGAGACAUGGUAUUUGUCUUGGGCUUUAGAUUUGACAAGUGAGGAGCGAUCCAAAGGCAAAACCGUUGAAGUAGGCCGUGCUUUUUUUAAGACUUCAGGUGAAACUUCAGAUGGCCCAAUGACUCGACAUUAUACCAUACUCGAUGCCCCUGGCCAUAAAUCAUUUGUUCCAAAUAUGAUUGGUGGUGCCUCUCAAGCAGAUGUUGGUAUUCUCGUUAUUUCGGCUAGAAAAGGUGAAUACGAAACCGGUUUCGAGCGUGGGGGUCAGACACGAGAACACGCCCUGCUUGCUAGAAAUGCCGGUGUUAAAAAGCUUAUCGUUGCAGUCAAUAAGAUGGACGACCCUACAGUGGAAUGGAGCAAAACGCGCUACGAGGAAUGCUCAACCAAGAUUGGAAAAUUCCUCGAAGCUAUGGGGUAUAAAAAGAGUGAUUUGAAAUUCAUGCCUCUAUCAGCACAGAAGACUAUUGGAAUAAAUUCCCCCGUUCCGAAGGAUUUGGCACCAUGGUGGAAUGGCCCUUCGCUCCUUGAUUAUCUUCACAAUAUGAAAAUGCCCGAGCGCAAGAUUAACGCCCCAUUCAUGAUGCCGAUUAGCGCCAAAUAUAAAGACAUGGGAACGGUCAUUGAAGGACGAAUUGAAUCUGGUGUUCUGAAAAAGGGUUCCACGUGCAUUUUAAUGCCUAACAGAGAGGAAGUUACUGUCACUGCCUUGUAUGGUGAGACUGAAGAGGAAAUAACUACAGCAACUUGUGGUGAUCAAAUCCGGGCUCGUUUGAGAGGCGUUGAAGAAGAGGAUAUCAUGCCGGGUUUUGUUAUGUGCUCUCCUAAGAGGCCAGUUCAUUGUGUCUCGGCAUUUGAGGCCAAGAUUAGAAUUCUCGAUCUCAAGAGCAUACUGACUGCCGGGUUUGACUGUGUUAUGCAUGUGCAUGCAGCCAUCGAGGAAGUCACAUUUGCAGCUCUUCUUCACAAACUCGAGAAAGAAACUGGUAGGCGAAGCAAGAAACCACCAGCCUUUGCCAACAAGGGACAGACCAUAAUUGCCCGGCUUGAAGUAAUGGGGGGAGCAGGCUCUGUUUGUGUCGAGCGGUUUGAAGAUUAUAAUCAACUUGGGCGGUUCACGUUGCGUGAGCAGGUAUGCUACACUUUGCGACCUUUAUGA